AUGGUUAGGGAAGACAGGUCCACUUGGAAAGCGAACUAUUUCGUUAAACUUGUCGAGCUUUUCGAAGAAUACCCAAAGUGUUUCCUUGUUGGUGUAGACAAUGUUGGCUCUAAGCAGAUGCAGGAGAUUCGUCAAGCGAUGCGAGGUAUGCUCAGAAAUUUGAGAAAGAAAGCUCGUGUUUGUGGGUUCCUUAAGAUGAUAAUUUUUAAAAAAUUCCUAAAAAACAAAGAAAAAAAAAUAUCAAAUGGUAGUUCACAAGCGUCAAUGUCAAAAAUCGAAAUAUAAAAAAUGUGAUUCUAGGGCAUGGCGUGAUUCUGAUGGGUAAAAAUACAAUGAUUCGCAAAGCUAUUCGCGGUCAUCUCCAAAAGAAUCCGGCUCUAGAGAAGCUUUUGCCGUACAUCGUUGAGAACGUUGGCUUCGUCUUCACGAAAGAAGAUCUUGGAGAAAUCCGUAAAAAGCUUCUGGAGAACAGAAGGGUGAGUAUUUCUGAGUUUUGCUUUUGUCUGCAAAGAAUCCUUAUAUAUUUCUCCAAAGUUGGCGAGAUAUGGGGCAUAUUUCUAGGAUCUGAUGAUGAAUGCGGUUUAAGACACUUAACGCUUUCUGGGAGUUUUCUUCAGGAAAGUGAACGCUUUUAAAACUUGUAGCGAUCAGUUAAGAGACUUUGAAGUCUUAAAAUGAAAACUUUUCAUGUAUCGUUACCAGUUUCUGCAAAUUGAUUUUCUUAUGUCAUGUUAAAAGACGUCAAUUUCCAAAUUACUUCAAAUAUGGCAUUAAAAUAAACUUUCUUUUUUUUAGGGCGCCCCGGCCAAGGCUGGAGCCAUUGCCCCGUGCGAUGUCAAACUUCCAGCUCAAAAUACUGGUAUGGGUCCCGAAAAGACAUCUUUCUUCCAAGCUCUUCAAAUUCCUACCAAGAUCGCCAGAGGAACAAUCGAAAUCUUGAACGAAGUUCAUCUCAUCAAGGAAGGCGACAAAGUCGGAGCAUCCGAAUCCGCUCUUCUCAACAUGCUUGGCGUCACUCCGUUCUCAUAUGGUCUGGUAGUUCGUCAAGUCUACGAUGACGGUACUCUCUACACGCCUGACGUUCUGGACAUGACGACGGAAGAGCUCCGAAAACGUUUCUUGGCUGGAGUUGCGAACGUCGCGUCCGUUUCUCUCGCAAUCAAAUAUCCAACUCUUGCCUCGGUCGCUCAUUCUUUGGCUGGAGGACUCCAGAAUAUGCUCAGCAUCGCUGCUGCUACUGACGUUACCUUCAAAGAAGCUGAACAGAUCAAGGAAUACUUGGCCGAUCCCAGCAAGUUCGCCUCUGCUGCCGCUGCUCCGGCUGCGGCUGCCGCCAAAGAAGCGGCUCCUGCUGCCUCAGCGAAGAAAGAAGAGCCCGAAGAGGCAUCUGAUGAAGACAUGGGCUUCGGACUGUUCGACUAA